GGGGAGGAUUCGUGGCUGACCAAGCGAAGAAGCCAAAAGAAAAGAGGGAACAGCGAGCGGAGGGAAAAGUGUGUCUGUGUGAGGGUGGGACGAGCUCUCCGCAAGCCAGCAAAAUACAAAAUAGCAACCGCCACCCUGCCUUCGUUUUCCUUGUGAAACGCCACCCACCUUCCUCCUUUUGCCGCGAAUGGAUUUAAUGGAGGUGGACGUCUUAGACCCACACCCAGACAUCCACGAACUCUUCUGCUACUAUAAUGCCCUCUACUUCGAGGACAUCCUCGGUGCUUGCCUCGUCACGUGGAGCUCCGGGCGCAUGACCCUGUAUGGGCAGAUUGGGUGGAUGCUGUUUAUCUGGACUUGUCAUAGCUCAACCUUUUUUUUUUUUUUUGGGCCAGCUGGCAUUGCCUUCCAGUAUCAAUCGUGGUCUUACAAACUCUAUCAGCAUUAUGAACAACGCUGCAUCACCAAAAUGUCUAUAGCCACAGCUACAUUGGCAUCUGAUUCUGUUGUAGGCUUGCAGCACAGGUGUGCAGGUACCUGCCGUUAUAUGGGUGGUGGUAGCUGUGAAAUUCGUCUUUCUGAGCCAUUGUUAAAGUUCCGAUCAAGUAUAGAUCUUAAGAACACCUUGUUGCAUGAAAUGAUUCAUGCAUAUUUGUUCAUCAAAUAUAACAACCGUGAUCAUGGCUCUCAUGGUAAUGAAUUCCAAAACUUGAUGAAAAAGAUCAACUGUAGCACUGUGGUUGAUUAUCAGAGACCUCCUGGUGGUUACGGCAUCACCAUCUACCAUAAUUUUUUUGAUGAAGUUGAUAGCUAUAGAGUCCAUCACUGGAUGUGCAAUAAUUGUGGAGACCUUGUGAAGAGGGCUAUGAACAGAGAACCUUCACCAAAUGAUUGUAUUCAAAGACUCAAGGAGGGUCAAGUUUGUAAUCACCCAUCGUGCCAUUGGCACAGCCAUAAAAGAUUAUGCAGCGGUAAUUAUGAAAAGAUAGCAGAACCGGCUGGAUGCCAAAGAAAAAGAUCUAAGAGAAGCCAAGGUAACCAUGGCAUUGGUACCAGUUAUUCAAAAGAAUUGGCUGGUUUCAACAAUGAAAAUACGAAAAGAGUUGGCUUUGGUGAUAGUGCAGUGGAGGGAAAAGAAUGUUCUGGUUCACUGAAAUGCAAAACGCUGGAGAAGUUCUUUUCCAUCCUUAAGAAUGAACCUGAAACUGAAAAGCAUGGCUCUUCUCCAUCUAGAGAAGACCUCCAAAGGGUAGAUGAUCUGAAUGAAUUGGGUGCAAUUGAAGAGCACUCAGGCACAUCAGAAAGUGAGCAUCCUAGAAGCAACAGAAGGCCAGUGAAGGCAUCAAGGUCCACUAGACGAUUUGUCUCAGACAGCAAGUGUAGAUCCUUAAGCAGGACGAGAAAGCAGCAUCGAGAGAAUAUUUACACAGUCAUAAUCAAAUGGAAAAGUUGGUAUGCAUAUGAAGAAGAAAGUGAUUCUUCGGAACCCUUGAUAGAUAAAAGAUCAGAGAAGAAGCAAAAGAGUGAAUCAAACAUGGGAAAGUGGUUACUACCAAAGGCUGCAGGAGAGAACAAUGACCUUGAACUGAAUCAAUGUAUAAAGGGUUUAGCAGAAGAAAGCACCAUAGAUGAACGUCACUGCAGUUUGAAUUGUAAUAACAGUCGAAAAGAUGAUACAGGUGUUCCAGGCAGCUACAGUUAUAGUGGACUUUCUGUUGGAGAAGCCAUGGAUAAGUCUCAAGCUUUUGCUGUCACUAACCAGGGGAAUGCUUUAGGAAGCAUUGCAAAUGGCUACGCUAAAGUUUUAAAGAACAGUCAGCCUAGUGUUUCAUUGAGCCUGGAAUCCCGGAAAGAUGAGGAAGGUGGAUCACAUGCGGGGGCUAGACUGAGGCAUAUGACCCUCCAGCAUGUUGGCCACAUCGUUGAGAUCUCUGAAAGUGAAUCUGAUGCAGAGUAAUCUUACAGGGCAAUCCAUUUUGAUAUGCAAGGGUGGUAGUGGAACUUCUUUCUUAACUCAAUGCAUUCUUCGGUGUUUUGCAGAUGAGCAAGUGUUGGACAUCUCCAAUUAAUCUUGGGACAGUCCGAAACUUUUUCUGCUGAUGUACCCAUCUUUGGCAUACUUUAGAUCUGUAAAUAUGUUAUGAAAGGACUUGCAUAUGGUCAGUUAUACGUUGAGUCCAUGAAUCAACUAUUAUACACUUGUUUA